AGCAGUGUCAUAGGAGUGUAAUGCCUACAUUACCCACAAUGCAAUUCAGCCACUGAGUGCACUGGAUGCAAUUGAUCAGAUCUGUUACUUUAAUGUAAUCAUUAAACGUAACUAUUCAAUGAUUUCAUUGACUACACUUUAAUUGAUGAUCAUUGAGCCGCGUCUCAAACUACACCAUGUUGAAUUUUAUGGAACUUGGCCUGGAAACUCCUUGAAAAGCCCUUGAAUUCAAUGUUUAAGAAGGUGUGGGAACCCUGGUGGGAGGAAGAAAAGCAGAAGAAAAAGCAAACAGGAUCGAUCCGGUUACAUGUUUCGGAGUACAGGCCAGACGACGAGAGUGAAAGCAUGAAGGUGGAACCACCACAGGCUCCCCACUAUUUAUCUUACAGUUUUAUAUUCAACCUUUCCUUUCACCUGAUAUUCCUGUCAGCACAACUCGUGGGAAUCUUUUCCAGCUCCAGUGCGGCUGACCCUUUGACCUUCUAGCUCCACCAUCAGGCCAAGAGAUUCUCCUCCUCUCAUAAAGGGGAUAUCUGGACACUCAUUAAUCAGCUUUAUUACACAGCAAUUAAACACUAACACAGUCACUGACUCCUCUCACAGAGGGAGUGAGGCAGGACGAUAAUUUGAGAUGGGCAUGGGAUCACUGUCCUCCAGAGCAACUGAUUAACAAGUGGUUUUAGGUAAAGAUUAAAGCCGUGGAGACAGUUUGUUCUCACAGAGAAGUUUGGUCUUAGUGAUGUACAAGAUUGUAAUUUAUCAUCAAUAACUGUCCAACAUUCAGAGCAGCUUUAUUUAUCAUGGAAAGAUGAUGUCAGAAGUAACUGGGUCAUUAAACAUAAAAGAAACAAACAAACACACAACUUGUUGGUUAUGUUGGGAAGAUUUAUGUGAAGUUGUAAAACAGAUGGGAUCAAAUGUCCCAGUUGUGACACUGUAGUUGGGAGUUAACGCUCCUGCAAGGUCCUCUAGUCAAUUAUGCAAAGCGCGCUCCAGUUCAGUGCCACGGGGACGCGCACGGGCUAUAUCCUGUGACUGAAAGCAUCCCGACUUCAUUCACCCCGGAGAUCACAGGACCGCCGGGAGCCGCUCCGGGCUGCAGAGGAGAGGGGUUUUCUUUUCUUUCUUUCUUUCUUCUUUUUUUUUUUUUUUAAAUUGAUGCCAUUUGCCUUUCUCCUCCUCGUGUGUUAACAACACGGCUGCUUCUCCCGGGAACUUUUAACUCAACGAGUUUUAAAAGAUUUUGUGCACAUGCGAAGUGCCGAGAUGCUCAGCUGCUGCAGGACGCACGGAUGUGUGAUUUUGACGGGAUUACACUGAGGACGCAGUGAGGACACGAUGGUGGAACGUAAAAGAGAAGUCCUCACAUUUCCAUCGGACACCUGUUCAUCUGAUGCCAAAACCAGGAGCUGCUGAACACCAACCUGCCCUCACUUAGGUCGCUCGAUGCGUUAAAAGAAGCUUAAACAUGCUUUGCGAUCACUUUUCUAUUUUAGAAGUCAGCCCUCCUCUCACCUACAGUGACUUCCACUGACUGCAGGAGCAGAACAAGCUUUCCCCUCCACUUGAACCGCGUUUCAUUCAGGAGUUUAAAGAUAAUUUGAAGUUUCGUCGACGCUCCUGGCUCGCUCUUUCACUGAGGUCGUGGUUGUUGCCAGUUCUCCCGAGGGGAUGUUUGUGGGCUCCCGAUACCAGGGAGCGACCGCCCGGCUCCUGCAGUGGACCCUCGCCUCGUCCUGGUGCCUACGCAGCGGAUCUGAGAGGAGAUGAGAGCUGCGGUGUACCACCUCCUCGCCGGCUGCCUCUGCCUGUUACGCACCGCCGCUGAGGUGAGCCGCACGGAGGAGUCCCCUCUCCCCCGGGAGCUGUUGGAGCGCCUCUCCCGCAGCGAGAUCCGCAGCAUCAGCGACCUCCAGCGGCUGCUAGAGAUAGACUCCGUAGAGAACGAGGUGAUCGAGGAGACCAAACACAGCUACCACAAGGACUUCUCUCACAGCCUCCCCGACCUGAAGAGAGCACACACACACACCAGACACAGGAGGAGCACCGUGGUGGAGGAGGCCUUGCCAGCUGUGUGUAAGGUGCGGACGGCCAUCUAUGAGAUCCCCAGGAGCCAGGUGGAUCCCACCUCCGCCAACUUCAUCAUCUGGCCGCCCUGCGUCGAGGUGAAGCGCUGCACCGGCUGCUGCAACACCAGCAACAUGAGAUGCCAGGCGGCUCGCAAGCACCACCGUAUGGUCAAGGUGGCGAAGGUGGAGUACGUGCGGCGGCGUCCCAAGCUGAGGGAGGUGCAGGUGAGGCUGGAGGAUCACCUGGAGUGCAUGUGCACCAACAAACGCCACAUCAGCCCAAACUCAGACACAGACAAUGGUAUCAGGUGAACAGAGAUGGACAGAUGGAGGAGAGGAGGACAGGAAGCACCCUCAGCCUCCAGCACCUCCACCACCUCCUGCCAUCAAGGGACUGUGAAGGUUUGACGGAUUGUGUUUUGAACCUUUGGGGAGGUUUAACGGAGGAUGACUGACUCACACGGACCUCGACUGUACUUUCAAACUUUUGUCAAAAUAAACCGAGAGCGUCAAGUCACAGGAACGAAUAAGAAGCAGACCGACGGUUUUCCUCGACGGAGAAAAGAAGCGAUUAGACGAUGAACGUGGCCUGAACGCUGGCACGGUCGAGGUGCAUUCUGGGAUAUCGAAAGACUUACUGUCUGCCUCUUGUUCCCUCUCCAGAGUAUAAACCGCUCAGCGACUCGGAUUAUAAACUGGGUGGAAUCCUUUCUAGAAACAGUGACUGGGAUUAGGUUUUUGUACUCCAAGAUUUACUCUUCCUCAGCAGAACACACACACACACACACACACACACACACACACACACACACACACACACACGUACGUAUAUCCUCUUAUUUUUAUAACCUCUCAUUUUCUAUCGCUGUCUGUUUCUACUUCUGCCAUGUUAUCCACAUAAAGAACCGGGGGGGAACCUCCUGACACGUUACUGAUACUAAUAAACUAUUUAUAUGAAAACAAA